UCCCCUGAUAAAUCGAGACAUUAUUUUUUCUGUAUUUUCUUCCCUACUUUGCUUCUAUAGAGGAUUAAAUUUGCGAGGUAUGGCCACGAGUAUCUUAAGAACAUGUUUGAGUAUUUUGAUUACCAAUGCACGUGUCCAUAACUGUGAUUUAAAUGCAAUCGUAUUUCUAAUUUGUUUCGGACACGGAGCAAUUCGGAUAACACUUGAUUUCUUGAUGUUAAAAUUGGUUGCCUAACUUCCCAGUAGUUUUAUUGCAAUCAAUGCAGUGGUUCUUCCUAUCACACUGGCUAAAGAGAAUGCAUGUUGGAGGACACACAGCGACCCAGUGAGCAGAAGGGUUCGGUGCAGAGAGUUGGAGAAUUCAUGUUGAGGCAGGCAAAGGUGUUUUUUGGAUCGUUCAGAGGAAAGUCAUUCAGGGAACAGAUGAAGACAAAGAACUUCUAUGUUUUGGUGUUGUUUAUCCUCGCAACAUUAACAACAUUAUACAUCCUUGUCGACCCGUCACCCAACCUCCACACCAUCGUCACAGAAACACAUCGUCAAAUAUCGAACAUCCAUAUUCCAACAAACAUACGUCAAACCAAGAAAGAACUGCUUGAAGUUGACAAAAAAUAUCUCGACAUUUUGGAUUUUCCAUAUUCAACGAUUAAACCCCCUUUAACAGUUGUGCCAAAAAAUGUCACAAGGGCUGUUAGAGCUAAAAGACUUCUGGAUGCCGAAGUUCUAGCGAAAGAUCCCGUGAUUGUCGUUCCAUUGUUAUCUGGCUGUUAUGACGAGGCAGUCAGGUUCCUUAAUUCCGUAAAGAAGUAUGUUCCGAAGAAGCUGGUUGUGUUCUACGAUCUUGGGAUCAGUGGCAAGGAAAAUACUAUGCUAUCAAAAGCGUGCAAUGGUAGCGUAUACAACUGUGAAGUGAAGACGUUUGUCUUCAACAGAUACCCUUCACAUGUACGCUCGAACAGUCUGGGGGCGUAUGUACCUCUCCUUUUACAGGAGAGUCUAAACUCUUACCACGCUGUUAUAUGGUCCAACCCACAGGAAUACUUCAUCAAUGGAAUGCAAAGUAUCGCCGGUGUGAUUUCAAAGGCCAGGGAGAUUGGAAUAGUCGCGUGGUCAAUCAAAGAUACAACAUCUAGUAUAACUUAUUUCAAGAUGUACACAUUUUUUGAUGUCAAAAAGGAGCAGUAUUAUUUCCACAGGGCGGUGAAAACUAGCCAUCUAGUUGUGUUUAAUACCGAAAAGGUUCGGACGAAAAUAAUGCUGCCAUGGAUAAAAUGUGCGUUAGUAGAGGAGUGUAUUAGUCCUACCGGUUCGCAAAACUCUGGUGGAUAUUGUAGCGAAAAACGACCAAGGUAUUUGUAUUCGGGAUGCCAUCAUUACGAACAGUCCGCGCUUAAUUUGAUCUUAGGGAAAGAGUUUAGCUUUGUGGAGACACCUUAUAUCGCUAAUGAAGAAAUAUUCGGGGUGGAAAGCACCAACAAAUCUGUGACUUCGUCUAUAAUGGUGACAAAAGAGGAUGAUGCUCAAACCAUAUCUUAAAUAUCUGUUUGAAUUAAGUUCAAUUUUAAUUUAAACUGUAUAAAGUUUGUACAUGUAUGUAUCAACUCUGAGCUAUGAGUUUUAUUUGGCUCGCUUAACUUAUUAUGAUUUGAAAGAGAAACACAUUAAAGCAGCACUUUCACAGAUUGAACCUUUUGACAACUUUUUAUUUUGUGUCUUGGAAUGAGCCAAUUUUUGCGAAAAAUGCAUGGAAACCAGUCAUCUAAGACUACUGACAAAAAUUUAGAUCACAGGUUCUCAUAUUUAUAAUAAAAAAUAGAGGUUUUAUGCAUUUUUCUUGAAGCGUUUAGUACUUACUUAGUAAGGCUUUUAGCCAUAAAUAAUUUCUUUUUGAACAAACAUAUGAAAAAAAUGUGAUCUAAUCUUUUGUCAGCAGUCUUAUAGUCUUAUUUCACUGGUUUUUAGAUAUUUACACAAAAUUGGCUCAUUCCAAGACAAAAAAUAAAAAAGUUGUCAAAACGUUCAAUAUGUGAGAGUGCAGCUUUAAAGGCUGUCAGAAAAUUUUGGGUGAUGCCAAAAUUGUCUUUUUGGAUUUUAAUGCAUUAUUUUGUUUUCUUCAUUUGAAUGUAUUAAUCAAAUAAAAAAAGCAGGGGAUUGACUGAUAUAAAAAUAAAGCAAUAUUUUGGCGCUUUUUUAACUUCGGACUUUGUGGCUUAAUUCACAAUUAUCAAAUAUUACAUUUAUUUAAAUUUUUUCAUACUUUUUCCAUGUAUAAAGAGUGUAGUGGCGAGGCAUAUUCAUAAGAGAACAGUAUUUUUCUCGCCAUUUUAGAACUGAGGCUGGGGCCUCUUUUAUUGCAAAAAAUGUGUCAUUUUUACUGUUAGUGAUUUUAACAAUGGCAAAAAAUGGUGUAUAAAUUAUAGUUUGCAAUAAUUUAUUAUAAAACAUAAAUUAUUUAAACAAGUUUUGUGAGUUGUAACUAAUAUUAUAAGUUAUGGGGUUGGAGAGUGACCUGAUAUGGGGUAUUAUUUUUUAUGCAGAUUUUUUUUAUGUCUGACCCUUUAAAAGAUGACCAUUUUCAUUGAUGUAUGUGCAUUUGCAGGAUGAAUUAUUUUAAAAUGAAUAUAUAUCCAAAAUUUCAUACCUUAAGGACUGAUAGUUAUUCCCUCAAAACCCAUGGUUAUGAAAAGAAAACAAAUACCCUUGUAUUCAAGGGUAUGUAUUCAAGUGGUGUUAAAAAUGAAUCACUGAUUCAGAGCAUAAAAAGAGACUAUUUUAUUUGUGUUUUAAUAUUAAAGACUGUAUAUAUUUUAUGUACUUUUGAUGCCGAUUGAGCUUAGAUCAAACCUUUUUUUAUUCAAUGGAGUAAAACAUGUAUCUAGUAGAUGGAUUUUCCUAUUUUAUGUCACUCUAGCAUAAUACAAUACAGUCGAACCCCUUUGGCUCGAACUCACAGGGACUGGCGAAAAUACCUCGAGCCUCGCAAAGUUCGAGCCAGACGUGAGUGCUUACGUUGAGUAUAAAGAAAUUGGUCCUUCAUAUCAAGCCAAUAAGGAGUUCGAGCCAAGUGAUUUCGAGCCAACGAGGAUUGACUGUAUUUUCAUUUAUCUCAUUACAUAACUGGUUUUGUGUGUAAUUCAACCAUUAAAUAUUUUCUUUGUAUUAUUGACAUUUCGCCCUACUAAUUUAGUGUCAAAAUAUUUACCAAAAAUGAGUAAAAUUUUCAUUGGUGAUGUGAUCUAAAGAAUGUUACAUUUGUUGCCAUUUAAUGCAAUACUAUAUGAUACUUUUUUCAGUAAAAUUGUACAGCUUGACAAAAACUCGCUUUUUAUAUGCCCGUAUAUAUAAUGAAAUAAUCAAGGCAUAAAAUCUUGGACAAGUUCGAUAACCAGCCAUUAAAUAUCACCCUGGUCACUUGAGAGUAAUCACCCUUUUAUGAUAGAAACUACCUUUAUAUGAAUCAGAAUGUGUAUGGGCGUAACUAUUGGACAAAUUUGAUAACUAGCCAAUUGCUUCUGUAACUCAAGAGUUAUUGCCCUUUCAUUAUUGAAAGUACCUUAAAUUGGUCUUGUCAGAUCAAUAACUUUAGCCCUUGUCAAAUCAUCGCUUACUUUGGUACAAAAUGUGUAUGAAUGUAAUAUCUCAAACAAUCUUGAUAACCAGCCAUAUUUCUUGGUCAUUCGAGAGUUAUCGCCCUUUAAUUGUAGAAAAUACCUAAAAUCAAUGUUGUCUGAUUAAUAACUAUAGACAUCUUAAUCCAAUAAUCACCAAUUUUUGGCACAAUAUGUAUGGGCAUAAUAUCUCAGACAAGUUCAAUAGCAAGCUACCUGUAUAAUGUCCUAGUCAAUUGAGAGUUAUCACCCUUUGAUUAUAGAAAUUGCCUUAUAUCAGUCUUGUAUGAUAAAAAAACUUGAGAAUUAAGCUUUUGAGAAAUGAUCAUCAAAUUGGGUCAGAAUGUGUAUGGGCAUAAUGUCAUGUUCUGUUAUAAUGAGCCAUUUGUUCAGAAUUUUGUUAAAGUUAACAGCAUUGUUAACUUUAAAGUUGUUACUGCUCCAGAAGUUUAAUUGCUACACUUUUGAUCCGCUGUAUUUCUAACAAUACAUUGUAUUUGAGACAACUGUUUCAGCAGUUGAUGUUUAUAUUUAAAUGUGUGAGCAAAUCCUGAAAUGAUUCACGUUUAAAAAUGUCCAACGACAUGGUUAAUCUAGUUAUUAACUUAAAGAAGGUCUGAACAAUCAGUGCUUUGUGUAAUAAUAACUUUUAAUAAAUCAGUUCACAAUAAUAUUAAUUAGUUUGUUUAUGGAAUCAUUAUAUAUAUUAAUUUCAAUGAUUUUUUGUUUAUUAAGUAGAUGUGUUCUUAAUGUCUAGAUUCAAGUUUGUAAACAUUUUCUUACUGCUAUUUCAACUAAGCUCAUUAAAUCCAUGUUUGCCGGGAAUUAUUGACACUGAAAAUCUGUUUUCUCUGGUUAUAAAUGAUGUGUUAUAAAUGAUAUCAUAGAUGGAGUAUAUGAGCUAUCAUAACAUUGCCAUAUUCAAAUGUAUAUACACAUGUAUAAAAACAUAUAUAUAUAUAUGUAACAGGACAUUGUAUGCUAUUGAUGGGAGUUUUUUUGUUUUUAUUCCAUUAUACAUGUAUUAGUAUUUAAAAGGUAUUUUCAUAAUUAUCAUAUCAUAAGCGUGUUAAAAUUAAAUUAAUUUUUUUAUGUUUAAAAAAGCAUAUUAUAUUUAGAAUGAUACCUUUGUUAUAGCCAUCACUUUGUAUGUAUAUUAUCAAUGCCAAGAAUAAUCCAAUGAGAUAGAUAUUUAGUUCAUUGUUUAUUUGAAGAGAGAGGUUCAUCUGUCAGAGCCUUGGUGUUGUUGUUGCUUUGGUGUUGUUAUCGCCAUUGUACACAAACUUUGACCUUACGCAUAAAAAACGGUCAAUAUAUUACAAUGAAAGUUAGUACACAUGUUGCUAGAAACAGUACAAAUAUAAAAUUAUGCACAGUUUUUUCCACUUUUUAAGGGAAUGUUGGCAGUGCCAUUUGAUAGAAGAAAAAUAGUGUCUUUUUGUCAAAAAGGGGAAAAAUACUAACUUGAUUCAUAUAAUGUUCUUUUUACUUUGGCUUGGGAAAAUAUAUACUUUUUAUACGCCCAUCUUACGAUGGCCGUAUUAUGGGAACACUCAUGGCGGCUCCACAAUGUUGUCCGCUCUCUAACUUGAACAUUUCUCAUCCAAUUUCCACCAAACUUCAUGAAAGUGUUUGUUGGUGAAAUAUCUAGGUCAAGUUCAAUAACCAGCCAAAUCGCUUUAGGCACUCCAGAGUUAUGGCCCCCUGAAUUUGUCAAAAUUGGCCAUUUUAGCUUUGUCCGCUCUCUAACUUGAUCAUUUCUCAUCCAAUUUCCACCAAACGUCAUGAAAGUGUUUGUUGGUGAAAUAUCUCGGUCAAGUUCAAUAACCAGCCAAAUCGCUUUAGGCACUCCAGAGUUAUGGCCCCCUGAAUUUGUCAAAAUUGUCCAUUUUAGCUUUGUCCGCUCUCUUACUUGAAUAUUUCUCAUCCAAUUUCCACCAAACUUCAUGAAAGUGUUUGUUGGUGAAAUAUCUAGGUCAAGUUCGAUAACCAGCCAAAUCGCUUUAGGCACUCCAGAGUUAUGGCCCCCUGAAUUUGUCAAAAUUGGCCAUUUUAGCUUUGUCCGCUCUCUAACUUGAUCAUUUCUCAUCCAAUUUCCACCAAACAUCAUGAAAGUGUUUGUUGGUGAAAUAUCUCGGUCAAGUUCAAUAACCAGCCAAAUCGCUUUAGGCACUCCAGAGUUAUGGCCCCCUGAAUUUGUCAAAACUGUCCAUUUUAGCUUUGUCCGCUCUCUAACUUGAACAUCUCUCAUCUAAUUUCCACCAAACUUCAUGAAAGUGUUUGUUGGUGAAAUAUCUAGGUCAAGUUCGAUAACCAGCCUAAUCGCUUUAGGCACUCCAGAGUUAUGGCCCCCUGAAUUUAUCAAAAUUGGCCAUUUUAGCUUUGUCUACUCUCAAACUUUUUUUUUUUGAACAGUUUUUAUCCGAAUUUCACCAAACUUGCUACUAUAAAUGUUUGUUGGUAUAUAUUCUUGGCAAAGUUCUAUAACCAGCCAGGCUCUUCAGGAUUAUGGCCCUUGAAUUGGUCAAAAUUUGCCAUUUUUGCUUUGUCCACUGUCUAAUUUGAACAGUUAUCAUCUGAUCUUCACCAAACUUGCUGAAAAUAUUUGUUGGUAAAAUAAAUCGGUCAAGUAUGAUAAUCAGCCAAAUGCCCCGAAGCACUUCAGGAUUACUGCCCUUGCCAUUUAAGCUUUGUCUACUCUCUAACUUGAACAAUUCUCAUCUGACCUUCACCAAACUUGCUGAAAAUGUUUGUAGCUAUAAAAUCUUUACCAAGAAUGUUGUUUGCCGGUAUAAAUGCUUUGCCAAGUACACACUGAUUGUCUCUUGGGUACGAUUAAGGAUGAAUCAUCUCUUGGAGACGAUUUUUACAUGAAUGUUGUUUUUCAAAUCCCGAACACGUUGAUCGUCUUUGGGAAAUCAUUUGCUUCUUGAAAAGCUUGCUUCUCAAAGGGCCAAUGUGACAGUAAGUUGUCUUAGAAUCCAAGAAAUUAUUGAUGGGCGUAUUUUGUGAGUGUCACUCUUGUUCAGGAGGGGAAUCGGGCGGAAUCUCGGGCUGAAAAUAUACUUCAAACAUUAAAGGAAUGAAUUGUGGGGUUGGUGUCUUUAUUUGGGUAUGAACACAGUUGGUCUGUUUAAACUGUGUGGAGUCAGAAGCUGUACUGUUGUUAUUAGCAUUUCAAUUUGAAGUUAAAAAGUGUUUUGUAGUGAUUUUUUUCAAGCAUUAUUGUGACAUCAUAUGAUAAACUGUUUCCGGUUAAAGUCAUGUUGCUCUAUUUACAGAAUAGGUGAAAAAAAAUACUGUAAGCUUUUAAAUGAAAUAAAUAUUCUUUUAACAAUUCUUGAAUGAAAUAUUGGUGUAAAUACAAGUUACGAAUUGUGGAUUGAUGUCAUUAUAUGGGAAAUGAAGGCAGUUGGGUGUGGUUAAAGUACGGUGGAGGCCUUGACUCCACACGCAUUAACCAGCCCAACUGCGUUCAUACCCCGAUAAUGACACCAAUCCCGCAAUUCAUUCCUUAUAUAAAGCUAUGCCUUAUGAAAACAAAAGCAGAGCAUUGGCAAUUGUGUAAGUAAGCUUUUAGCUACAAAACAUCGAAAUUAGGCUCCAAAAGUUACUGAAUACGGGGCUGUUUGAUAUCUAGUGUACAUGUGUUUUAUCUCUUUACAGUCUGUUAUCCAUGUUUGUUAUUUGAAACAAGUUUUUUAUUUAUAAUAAAUGUACUUAGGACAAAAGAAUAAAGAAAAAACAACA